AUGGCGGCGAAAAGUCUCAGUACCAGCACGCUCAGUCUGAAGUUUAUGCAGAAUGCGCAACGAGCGAAGAACCUAAAAGAAGUCGAGUUAGAUCGAGCAGAAGUGAAGGACGAUGGAAAGUGGGAGAUCAGUCAACACAUCCGAGAUUCUUGGGGAAUUACAAAUGAGAGGCUUUCUGAGUCUUCCGAUGUGCAUGAAGCCUCUUAUUUGCCCUUUCUAUUUUCGGGUGACACCUCAACCAACACCAACAGUAAUGUUACCGCCUCUACAUCAAAACCGACAGGCAGACGGACCUUCAACAAAAAAGGAGAGGAUAUCUCAUUAGAGCCCUCUACAUCGGACUCGGCCACUGCCAACGUUUCGACUCCAUCAGUUGACCCACCGCCGUCGAAAGGGCGCAAAGUUCACCCUAGACCUGUUUCGAUAACCGCAUCAGGGGCGUCUGGACAUUUACGGGGAUUCGAAGAAUUCAAUGAUUCCAAAGAUUCUCGGUUAACUGCCAGACAGGCUAUGUUUGAAAGCGGUGGUGUUGGUACUGACCUUCGUGGACAAGUACAGAAACCUCCAAAAGCAACCUUCAUGAAGCCUGCUGGGAUCGAUGACCCUCAACCUGUCAAGAAUGUGUCUUCCGCCGUGUCGUCUCAGAACAACAUCAUCUCUGGUGCUCGCGAGAAAAAAGUUAAGCGUCAACGCGAGGCUCCUUCAGAUGAUACAAACGACACGACGAAGAAAUCGAAGAAAAAGAAAAGGAAAAAUCCGGAAUAA